CAUCUCAUACGAGCAAACCCUAAUCCUAAAUCUCUCAAUUCGUUCUGAUUCAAUCAUGAAAGGGGCUAAAUCGAAGGGUGAUACGAAAAAAGCUGAUAGCAAGCUCACUGUGAAGAAAGUUGCACCGAAGGGUAAGGCUGCUAAGGAUCCGAACAAACCUAAGAGACCUGCUAGUGCCUUCUUUGUGUUCAUGGAGGACUUCAGGAAGCAGUUUAAGGAAGAGAACCCUGGCAACAAAUCCGUUGCUGCAGUCGGUAAAGCUGGUGGAGCAAAAUGGAAAUCAAUGUCUGAUGCCGAAAAGGCACCUUUUGUUGCCAAAGCUGAGAAAAGAAAGAAAGAAUAUGAGAAAACCCUUGCUUCCUACAACAAAAAGCUGGCUGCUGGUGGUGAUGAUGAUGAUGAUGAAGACUCUGACAAGUCCAAGUCUGAGGUUAAUGAUGAGGAAGAUGAGGAAGGCAGUGAGGAGGAUGAAGAUGAUGAUUGAAAUGGGUGCCAUGCUAUGGUAAAAACCUAAAUCUGCCAUUGUAGUUUCUUAAUACCAUUAGCGGAAAUGUUGGUAAUUGAUAUGUUGAUGUUGGUCAUGGGAUAGUAGUAUUGAAUAGACUUUUUAGCUAUUAUGAUGCACAGAGAGGACAAAUUAGUUUUGUUGCUUUAGUGUUUUUGACUUUUAUGUUCCCUGUUAGUGUUGGCCAUUUUCUUAUGAAAUGGAUUAUGCUUUUAAGGUAUGCUGUUUUGGGU